GCAACAAAUCUAAACAGCAGUUAUGACAAAGAGAUGGCAAUCACUAGGAUCACUUUGAUAUCAAAUGCGAUCACCUUUUCCAUACUGGCAAGUCAUACAAGCUUCGGCACCGAGUCUCUCGCUCCUUCACCAACGCCCUCCAAGGAGCCGCUAGGUGGAACAUGGGCCAAUACAAGAUCUUCCCUUACUACCACUCCGUCCUUCCCGACAACCAGCCUAAUGCUCGCUACUGUUACCCCUGCUUCGCUGAUCAUCAGUCAAGCUAGCAAGAAUGCUACUCCCUCACCUAAACCCAGUAUCAAGGUGACUACUGCUACCGCUGUUCCAAGCAUCAGCAGCCAGGCUAGCCCAGUUGACGUUUGCCCGUCUCAAUGCGCAUGUACACGAUGUGAAGACGUCUUUGACUCGCAAGCGAUAAGAUGUCUUGGACAAAACCUGGAGGUGGUUGCCUUCUACCAAGUAUCAAGGGCAGCUUGCUAUAUAAAUGCAUCGUUUGCUAACAUCACCAGUCUGAACUCAUCAACUCUGAGAACCUUCCAAUGGUUACACCACUUACACGUCCCCUUUAACAACAUCUCGCGCGUUGUCAAUGGAACAUUCCAAGGCAUGCCAACAUUGCGAACACUCUACCUCGACCACAAUAAAAUCUCUACGAUAGAAGUGGGGGCGUUCAAUGGACUAAAGAAUCUAUUGAUCCUGAACCUCGACUACAAUCAAAUAGUGGACCUUCACCAAGGAAGCUUCAAAGGCCUUGAUUCACUGCAACAGCUGGGUCUUCGUUAUAACAGACUAAAAAAGUGGGACAGUUUUCUAGUGUACGACGCCCCAAAACUGAUAUACUUAUUCAUAAUCGGCAACAGCGAUUUCAAACUCAAGAAGGUUCUCCUUCGUAACACCACAAUCCAGGAGAUUGACCAGGCGUGGCUUGAUGGAAAAUGCAAACAAUGCAACCUGAUCCGCCAAAACGUGUCUAUAUCCUACUUGUAUCCAAAAGAGGAAUGCCAAUACAUUCCAGACGAGGUGAUGCCAAUAGUACGCGAGAUCCAUUCCCGACUAGUUGUAUUUGAAGGACGAUGCAAGGGCGGCGUGAAGUGCGAAAUCGUCGCUACCUCUUUAUCUAAGAUCACCAGCGGAAUCAAAGACUCAUGUUGGGAGGUCCUCUACAAUACGAGAUACCUCGAAUACGUCCUGGCAACCAUCACCAUAGUAGUCAAUGCUCUCGUUGUCAUAGCAACAAUCAGUAUACGGUUUCUGAGGAAGAAGGUGACGUUUGCGCUAAUUGGGCACAUGGCGUUUUGUGACGUCAUGAUAGGGGUGUAUGGCGUUGUCGUGGCGUACGGCCAUGGUAUGGUACUGGAUAAAAACAGCGUCUUCAGGGAUUUUCGAUUUCGUAUUUGUCCUUUUAUCAGAACUGUCUUCACACUUGGUCAGUUUAUGGAGGUGGCUACAUCAUUACUGGUCACUUUGGAUAGGUACCUGGCCAUAGUAUUUGUGAUGAAGCUGGGGGUCCGAUUGAAGCCGCGUUUAGCCGCUGGGUGUGUACUUCUCUUCUGGGUUGUGGCCGCUGCGAUGUCCGCGCUUCAGCAAGUCUUUGAUAAGUCUGUCAUAUCUGAUAACCUGAUGUGUGUGCUGGUUCGCGAUUUUCAGCACUCUGUAACGUUCUUCUUCAGCCAGGGUAUCAUGAUUAUGCAGGUCUUUCUCUACGUCGUUGUCAUCGCCAUGUACGUCCACAUCUACGUCUACGUGCGGCGCUCACAGAGGAACGCAGGCGUGCAACGAGAGAGCAAGCUUGCGCGACGCGUUGGGAUCAUUGUUUUGACAAAUCUCUUGUUCUUUGUUAUACCGAAUGCCACAGUCUUCAUCGUGACAACUGGGAAUCUGUAUUUCGAAACAAAUGCUGUAGCCAACAGCAUGAUUCGACGGUGGCUUCCUCCGGUUUGCAUCUUACUUAACGCGAGCCUAAAUCCCUUCCUGUUCGCUUACCGCAACGAUACAUUCAAAGACGCAGUGAGGUCGCGCCUGGGGAUGGUGGCCCCGCGGGCUGCACAAGCCAAGCCACCUGCGCCGGUACACAAAAUCAAGGUAAACAACAAAGUUAACAUGGCACUCGAGGAUGAUGGUGAAGUCAAAGCCCCAAAAGACAGUAAACCGUCCGCCGCAAACCAGAGUCUGCCAACCAGUGAAACCAAAACGACUUCUACACUAAACGCGACAUCUGAUAAAAGCAAAGUCGGAAAGGAAAGCGUUGAAAUACUAGAAAAACUCAGCAAUUCAAUCGCUACCGAUUCUCCUGGAUUGACACAAGAUAUUUUGUCGUGUGCCAAAGCGUUUAAUCGCUUGAACAACGAAGUGGACGAACGUCUUUAGAAAACUGGAAAAUGUAUACCGGAUACAAGCAGUAGUCUGUAAACGAUAUGGUCAUAUCACUAGGGGUCAUAUCAUCGUCAUUUGUAGGGGUGAUAUCAUGGCCAUUUGUAGGGGUCAUAUCAUGGCCAUUUGUAGGGGUCAUAUCAUGGCCAUUUGUAGGGGUCAUACCAUGGCCAUUUGUAGGGGUCAUACCAUGGCCAUUUGUAGCGGUCAUAUCAUAACCAUUUGUAGGGGUCAUAUCAUGGCAAUUUGUAGGGGUCAUAUCAUGGCCAUUUGUAGGGGUCAUAUCAUGACCAUUUGUAGGGGUCAUACCAUGGCCAUUUGUAGCGGUCAUAUCAUAACCAUUUGUAGGGGUCAUAUCAUGGCAAUUUGUAGGGGUCAUAUCAUGGCCAUUUGUAGGGGUCAUAUCAUGACCAUUUGUAGGGGUCAUAUCAUGGCCAUUUGUAGGGGUCAUAUCAUGACCAUUUGUAGGGUCAUAUCAUGGCCAUUUGUUGGGGUCAUAUCAUGGCCAUUUGUAGGGGUCAUAUCAUG